AUGGAUGCUUCUAUGGGCCCCUUCAGCACCAAUGGCCACGAUAGUUCCGCCAAGUACAUUGCCGACAAGGCCGGUAGCCACAACGAGGCGGUCAUCAUCGGAGGAGUCAUGAUUGGCUCUGUUUUCUUCGUCGCCAUCGUUGGAGUGGCUUGCAUGUUCUUCAAAGAGCGGGCUCGAAAGAUUAAGGACCAGCAGGCCGCGACCAAGACUGUCAGCGCCUCUGAGUACAAAAUUAUUCCAACGUCGUCCCAGGAUGCUCGCCUUGUCCUUGAUUGGCUCAUGAGCUGCCACAAGCCCUCACUUACAAGUGCAGCAUCAAAUCACACUCAAAGCCAAACGUACCUCAACCCUAUGCAAGACUCAUCACAGCUAAUAUUUCAUCCCCACAUGAAAUCACACAGUGUGACAGACCUCGAGCCUCGUUCCCAAAAAGCCAUCUCCCCAUUGUCGCUUGUCUUGCUUUUCAAGUUCUCCAAUGAGACUGAUCCACGUCCAGUACAUGACCCACGCUGGGCAGCAACAGUUCAUUCAAGCCAAGCCAAGGCGAUACGAUGUGAGGCGGUAUGUGAAUAUGAAAGGAGGUCAAAUAUCGGUGUCUCAGAGGGGAAGUAUUUAAACCUCUGA